AUUGAAAUGUCUUCAUUUUUUCACCUAAUUCCAGCUUUCUAAGAAAACAGAGAGGAAGAAAAUAGAAGAAACCUACCUUUUCUUUUCAUUCUCUGUUCUUCCUCCUGAAAAACUACAUUUUCUUUUCUUUUCUUUUCUUUUCUUUUUUGUCUGAGAGUGAGAAAAUAUAACAUGCAGAAGCACAAAUAUGAGCACAGAGCAAUGGAAGCAGGAGGGAAAGCAAAGCUUCUUGUAAUCCUUUUGACCACGACACUUGCAGCUUUAGUGCUUUUAUACUUCUCUUGCAUUAUUAAUCCAAUUCAGGGGAGCAACAGAGACAAACCAUGGCUUCUGCAGCAUACUCAGUCCGAAGUAGCAAGCAGAAAGUUGAGCAAAAUGUUAAAGACAGCAGCCAUGCAAGAUAGAAUGGUCAUACUAACCUUGCUGAACAGCACAUGGGCAGCCCCAGGCUGUGUCCUUGACCUCUUCCUAGAGAGCUUCCAAAUCGGCCAAGGUACCAAACGCUUGUUGAAUCACCUACUCAUCCUCACCACAGAUGACCAAGCCUUUCAACACUGCAGCUCCAAACACUUGUUCUGCUUUGACCUCUCACCCCUCAACUUGAAGCCAAAACUAAGGAGGACCCUCUUCUUAACCCACAUACUCAAACUGGGCUACAAUUUUGUAUAUUCGGAUCUAGAUGUGAUGUGGUUGAGAACUCCUAUACCUCAUUUUGAUGCUGGGAGAGAACUUUCAAUGGCAAGUGAUGUCUACACCGGGCAUCCUCUGAGCAGUAGAAACAGGGCAAAUGGGGGAUUGUUUUAUGUGAGAUCAAACGAAAUAUCGAUCCAGUUCUUCACAUACUGGGACUUGGCUGCAGGGAUUCUGCAUCCUCACCACAAUGAUAUAUCCGUCUUUGAGAUGAUCAAAGGUGAUCGGAGCUCCAAAAUCAUUGAAGCACGUAUCCAAUAUGUUGAUGCAGCUUAUUUCAUCAGCUUGUGCCUGCCAAACGCGAAUUUUAGCAUGGUGCACACAGUGCAUGGUGGCUGCUGUGGCAGCACAGAAGAGAAGGUCCACGACCUCAGGCUUGUUCUUGAUGACUGGAGGAACUUCACAGCACAUGGUUCACUUUCUUCUUGGAGAGCUCCAAGCAAAUGCAAGUAGCAAAGAAGUUUGUUUUGGGGUAUCCAGCACCUAAGCUCCUUUCAGUGUAAUAAUGGGCAAUUGGUUUUUUGAUUUUUUCUUGUUUUUCUUUUAUUUUCGUUUUUUUUCUUCCUUCA